ACCAUCACCAUCACAACCAUCAAUACUGCCACCACCACCAUCACCACCACAACCACCACCACAAUCAACAACCACUGCUUGUUCAAGCCUAAUUUUAUAGUGGAGACCUUUUUAUGAAAUUUAGAUCUGUAUGUUUAUAAAAAUGUUUUUGAAAGAUGUUGUUUUAGAAGGUAAUACAGUUUGCUUCUCUGUGUAGGAAUAAAUGGUAUGAGUCACGCAUGGCUAAAAACUUGGAUGGGGGGUGUGCUGGGAGGGCUGAUUCUACCCCAAACACACAAAAAAGCAGAAUCAAGAAAAAAAGAAGUGUGACAUCUAAUUUUUAUUUAAGGAAAGUAUUUUUAUUUUGAAAGUAAAUGAAAAAUAGCCUGUUGUGGAAAGGAAGAGAGAGAGAGAAAGUGUCAUAAUGGAAGAGAAUACUUAUGAGCAAGAAGCAGGAGUUGGGGCUGUAAAAGGGGCUGGUUGUUAGAUGGGAGGUAAACUAGACCUGUGAGUGGUGUCUGCAGGGCAGGGCAUGUACCCUGAGACCAAAUUCAAAGCCAGUUGUUUAUUUUUGUUACUCCUAGGUAAUCCUCGGUAACAAAGAGUUAUUGUGUGAAUUUCACAAGCCCUUGGGUCCUGAGGGCUGGGUGGUGCAGGGGUUAAAAGCACCCCUCCACAUACACACCCUGAGCUGGGUUUAAGCCUGGUUAGGUCAACAGAUUGCAGAGUUUAGGGGGUUGGACUCAUGGUUUCGAGUCCCUACAUGCUGACUGGGCGCUGGGUGGAGAGAACUCUCCCUGUUUGGCCGGGGGUGCCUGGGGCCCCACACUUGGCUGUGGGAACAGAGCCACCCUUGGAUGGAGGGGAAGGAAGGGAAGUAAGGCAGUAAAGAGGCAGGUGGAGCUGAGUGGCCAGGCUGAGCUGGCCAUGCAGUCAAUUCAGUUCUCUCCCACUUGGUCCUCCUGAGGGCAGGGAGUUUGAUUUGAGGGGUGGGAACUAGGAACCUGACAGGAACCCCUGUCUUCCUCGCUUGCUGCAAAGGGAGGGUGCCUAGUUUGUUGGUGCCCAUGCUGGCAGGACCAGUUUAGGAGUGACCAGAACAGGUAUGUGGAAAUGGGUUAAGGGGUUCCAGAAAGCUCUAGAGCCAAGCUGACCCCCACCCCACUCAGCUGUCUUAACCAGGCUUUCAGAGCCCUAGGCCCUUACCUUGUGGCUUCCCUGCUGAUGGGGAUAAUCAUGGUCCUUAAAACAGCCCCCUCCUGCCUUCCUCUAACCUGGGCCCCCCACUCGCCUGGGGUAAGAUCCGGAUUCUGGCUUCUGGAUUCCGACUUUCCCUGGAUGCCCUUCUGGGUGUGUAAUGUGGUUAGUCAUUGUGCUGGGUAACCAGUGGAGCCUGGUAGUAAUGAAAACUCACAUUCGAGUCCAUUCACAUUGGCCCUGAUAGUUUAGAGAGCGCUUUUACAUAUGUCUGUCAUUUGAGCCUCACAGUUCUUUAAAGUACUAUUUUUAUGCUCAUUUUACAGAUAGGAAACCUAAGUAAGUGACUGUCCCAGAGCCACAAGCUGGCAAAUAGUAGAGCCAGGGGUCCAGCAUCAAAUCUCCUUGUUCUUCUAAAUCCUGAGGCUUUGAUCAUGUGACUUUUUUAAUCACCUGACAAACUAGAAAUGGGGUCAUUCCUUCCCAUACAAUAAAAUGAAAUAAAAUAAAAGCCAGUAGGUGAGCUAAUAGCUCGUUUUAACCGUUUUGAUGCCCCAAGUUUCUGCGCUUGGGGCCAGAUCUCAGUUUAUUGCUCUAAAUCAAAACAAUCCCCAUGAUUGCCCAAUGAGGCUCUCAAAUUGAGAAGUUGAUUUUCAUCAGAGUAAAUGAAGAAUAUUAUUAUAUUUUACAAGUCAAUAAAUCAAUGUAGCACUAAUUUUGCCACACAGGAAAUCAAUUCUGGUCUUUCUAAACCAUCAAAGAUGUUAUGAACAAAGUAAUUUCACAAAUUAUGGCAAGUAACACAUUUAUUGAUGACUGCAGUUGAGGAAUUUAGAAUCUGUGAGCACCGUAAUAUAAUAUGGUACACUGGCAUGAGCCGAGUGAAAUACAGAUUAUAUGGGGAAACUGUAAUGCAUCAUUUGCUAUUAGUGGACUGGUAAUAAUUACCAGUUUCAAAGCAGCUCUUUCCAUGUAAUCUUUAGUCUCAAUCGUAACAGCCCUUCUCAUUGACUUUAUGAUUACACUAGCUGCCCUUAUGAUCUAGAAUAUCUAGUUGAUGGGAAUACUAAAAUGCGAGUGAAAACUGUGUGUUGUAUGCUCAUUAGAAGAUAAAAUGCCAUUUUUUCUGACCCGAUGUAUGGGAGAGAGGGGAGGGUAACAGCACAGUGUUAACAUAUUGUAGCAUGAUCAUAUCACUGGCUCUGAAAACAAAAUUUUAGGAAGCUCAGGGCAGCAAAAUAAAAUGGGCUUUUCUCAGUUAAGCCUUUUUGAAAAGAUACAGACGUGGAAAUCCCUGAUGCAGUACAGUACUAUACAGAUCUUGGCAUUUAUCAGUGGCCACAUUCAUGGGGCAUGAAUAUUAUAAGGUAAAAUAUGAUUUUAAGGCAUUUGGAGUGAUGAAAGUGUUAAGGACUUGCUUCAGCUGACAAAUCCUCUAUUUUACUUACCCAAUUCAGAUUGUCAGGCUAAAUGUGUGAUAAUAACAUAGAGUCUUAGAGAGGCAAAGGAGAGAGCCACGGAGGGUCACCGAAGUUGGAACCAGAUCGUUUUUUUCCUGCCUAUUUAGGAUCCAAGUAAAAAAAAAUUAUGAAAAUACUCUCAAUGAUGCUUUUUAUUUCCCUUUGAAGAGAGGCAAACAAAAAUAGGCAGAUAAUGUGAUACUAAUGUCAGCGUUUUCUUUCAAAAUCUUUCUGCUUUUUUUCCCCCCUCCACAUUAGGCAAAUGUUUAAAACCUAAUUUUGGUGUCUUAUCAUCUAAUCUUGUUAAAGAGAUUUACCCAGGAGUGGGAUAUAUUGAGUGAGAUUAUAAAUGCAUUGUAAAGUAAAUUACAAGGUCAGGGCAGGGAGUCCAUUAUUCAGACAAGUGCUUGAGCGAGGCUGGCUUGUUUUGGGAGACUGGCGUGUUUUGGAAUAUGAGUGUUUGGGGCUCCUGAGAAGCCCCUGCCAGCUUUUCUUUCUGACUUGCUAAAUGGAGGAGUCAUAAUUGAUUCCUCAUUCCCACUCUAGCUCAUGUAUGAAUUUUUUCCCUUUUUAAAAAGUUACCAGCCAAGGCUUUCAGGAACUCCUCUGGCCCCUCUUUUAAGAGAAGGGCUAAAGUUUGUUAUUUCUCAUUUGUGUUUUAUACACUGCCUUUUUUGGAAUCCCUGGGAAGUUAUCUAUUUUUCUGCUCCUGUCCUUUGGCCACCAACAUUUGCACCCUCUUUAAUGCUGCAGUUGACUGGUAAACUGUUAGUUACUGCCUUGGCGUAUAUAUGUUUUUUGUGGUUUUUUUUGUUUUGUUUUUUUUUAAAUUUAGCUAUCUCUAAAAAUGAAUGAUUGUGAAGUCAAGCUGGCCCCUCUUUGCCAAAGUGGCAUUUACCACUCUCGGGUUCUUUUCAACGAGAGAGAAAUAAUGUGACUUAAGCAGGGCCCCUCUCCAGACGGCUUGGCUACUAGCCAAAGAGUUGACUAGCUGAACUGUAUCUUUCUGUUUCUUUCUCAACUGGAGCUGAGGCUCAGCCGAGGGCGCAGGAUGUUGUAUAAUUUGGUUCACGUUGUUAGCCUCUCAAAAUAAUGAGGAGGAGGACAGGGUAGCAUUUCCCAGCCUGCUGCCGGUCAUGGUGCUGGCUGCUCUAGCUGUUCUUAAACUAGGAUGCUGUGUCUGCUUAAGUUGGCACCGGCCUCUCCUCCUAACUCUAGCCUUGCAUUUGUUUGACUGGGGGACAACUCCUAAAGAUUUGACAUGGCCUGUUGGUUAAAAGCGAAUUAAAUUUCUCUUUUGAGAUUUUCACAACAUCCCUUGAGAUAAAAAUGAGAAUCCUUGUGGGACAUUGUGGAACCAGAAUUGGGACUCCCUGACCCUGACACAGGCUGGGAUGUGAGAAUGUUGCUAGUCUCUCUUCCGUGGAAUUAUUUUUUGAGAAACUUCUCAUUUUCAACAAUAUCAACAAUUAGUGUAUUUCAGGCUAAGAUUAAAAGCAUCUCUAGGGCCAGCGAGAAUUGUAAUGAGUUGACCUUCUCUUUUUUGAUAUCUCUAUGAAAUGAUUGCCUAUUUAGAAAGUUCACCUGCCACCCAGGGGGGAAUAGAACGAUGGAAUUUAGGGAGCAGGAAAGUUUCCCUUAGGUCACCCUGUCCAAGUCUCUCACUUAACAAAUGGGAAAACGGAGGCACAGAGAUGAAAUGGCUUCCCCAAACCACAGCUGGUGACAAACUGGAAAGUUCAGAAGAUGUUUGCUGAAGUUCCCUAGGCCGUAGGCAUCGUCAUCCUCAAGCUUGAAUUGGUCUAGAUUUUUCUGCUUUGGAGACCGGAUUUAAAAUUCUUAGAACUGAGAUAAAUGUCAGGAAGACUGAUUCGACAAAUAUUUAUUGGGCACCAACCACUGGAUGUGCCAGGUAAAGAUGAGCCCAGCAGCUACACAUGUACAACUUGCAAACAGCCAUUCACCAGUGCAUGGUUUCUCUUGCAACACGCACAGAACACUCAUGGAUUAAGAAUCUACUUAGAAAGCGAACACGGAAGCCCCCUGACCCCGCGGGUUGGUAUCCCUUCAGGACUAGGUGCAGAAUGUCCUUCCCAGCCACCUCUCCAUGGGAUCCAUAUUGCAGACAAUAACCCCUUUAACCUGCUAAGAAUACCAGGAUCAGUAUCCAGAGAGGCUUCCGGCCUGGCAGAAGGGCGCUUUCCACCCACUCCCCCCCUGUUUAGUCCGCCACCGAGACAUCACUUGGACCCCCACCGCAUAGAGCGCCUGGGGGCGGAAGAGAUGGCCCUGGCCACCCAUCACCCGAGUGCCUUUGACAGGGUGCUGCGGUUGAACCCAAUGGCUAUGGAGCCUCCCGCCAUGGAUUUCUCUAGGAGACUUAGAGAGCUGGCAGGGAACACGUCUAGCCCACCGCUGUCCCCAGGCCGGCCCAGCCCUAUGCAAAGGUUACUGCAACCAUUCCAGCCAGGUAGCAAGCCGCCCUUCCUGGCGACGCCCCCCCUCCCUCCUCUGCAGUCCGCCCCUCCUCCCUCCCAGCCCCCAGUCAAGUCCAAGUCAUGCGAAUUCUGCGGCAAGACGUUCAAAUUUCAGAGCAACCUGGUGGUGCACCGGCGCAGCCACACGGGCGAGAAGCCCUACAAGUGCAACCUGUGCGACCACGCGUGCACGCAGGCCAGCAAGCUGAAGCGCCACAUGAAGACGCACAUGCACAAGUCGUCCCCCAUGACGGUCAAGUCCGACGACGGCCUCUCCACCGCCAGCUCCCCGGAACCCGGCACCAGCGACCUGGUGGGCAGCGCCAGCAGCGCGCUCAAGUCCGUGGUGGCCAAGUUCAAGAGCGAGAAUGACCCCAACCUGAUCCCGGAGAACGGGGACGAGGAGGAAGAGGAGGACGACGAGGAAGAGGAAGAAGAGGAGGAAGAGGAGGAGGAGGAGCUGACCGAGAGCGAGAGGGUGGACUACGGCUUCGGGCUGAGCCUGGAGGCGGCGCGCCACCACGAGAACAGCUCGCGCGGCGCCGUGGUGGGCGUGGGCGACGAGGGCCGCGCCCUGCCCGACGUCAUGCAGGGCAUGGUGCUCAGCUCCAUGCAGCACUUCAGCGAGGCCUUCCACCAGGUCCUGGGCGAGAAGCAUAAGCGCGGCCACCUGGCCGAGGUUGAGGGCCACAGGGACACUUGCGACGAAGACUCGGUGGCCGGCGAGUCGGACCGCAUAGACGAUGGCACUGUUAACGGCCGCGGCUGCUCCCCGGGCGAGUCGGCCUCCGGGGGCCUGUCCAAAAAGCUGCUGCUGGGCAGCCCCAGCUCGCUGAGCCCCUUCUCCAAGCGCAUCAAGCUCGAGAAGGAGUUCGACCUGCCCCCCGCCGCCAUGCCCAACACGGAGAACGUGUACUCGCAGUGGCUCGCCGGCUACGCGGCCUCCCGGCAGCUCAAGGAUCCCUUCCUUAGCUUCGGAGACUCCAGACAAUCGCCUUUCGCCUCCUCGUCGGAGCAUUCCUCGGAGAACGGGAGCUUGCGCUUCUCCACGCCGCCCGGGGAGCUGGACGGAGGGAUCUCGGGGCGCAGCGGCACGGGAAGUGGAGGGAGCACGCCCCAUAUUAGUGGUCCGGGCCCGGGCAGGCCCAGCUCAAAAGAGGGCAGACGCAGCGACACUUGUGAGUACUGUGGGAAAGUCUUCAAGAACUGUAGCAAUCUCACUGUCCACAGGAGAAGCCACACGGGCGAAAGGCCUUAUAAGUGCGAGCUGUGCAACUAUGCCUGUGCCCAGAGUAGCAAGCUCACCAGGCACAUGAAAACGCAUGGCCAGGUGGGGAAGGACGUUUACAAAUGUGAAAUUUGUAAGAUGCCUUUUAGCGUGUACAGUACCCUGGAGAAACACAUGAAAAAAUGGCACAGUGAUCGAGUGUUGAAUAAUGAUAUAAAAACGGAAUAGAGGUAUAUUAAUACCCCCCUCACUCCCACCCGACACCUCCUUUUUUCACCACCCCCUUCCCCUUCGCCCUCCAGCCCCACUCCCGGUAGGAUUUUUUUCUAGGCCCAUGUGAUUUAAACAAACAAACAAGCAAGCAAACAAACAGAAGUAACGGAAGCUAAGGAUAUGAGAGUGCUUGUCACCAGCACACCUGUUUUUGUUUUUUUUUCUUCUUUUUCUUUUUUUUCUUUUUUUCCUUUAUGUUCUCACCGUUUGAAUGCAUGAUCUGUAUGGGGCAAUACUAUUGCAUUUUACGCAAACUUUGAGCCUUUCUCUUGUGCAAUAAUUUACAUGUUGUGUAUGUUGUUUUUUUUUAAAACUUAGACAGCAUGUAUGGUAUGUUAUGGCUAUUUUAAAUUGUCCCUGAUUCGUUGUUGAGCAAAAAUGUUGCUGUUUCCAGUUCCGUUCUGAGAGAAAGAGAGAGAGAGAGAGAAAAAGACCAUGCUGCAUACAUUCUGUAAUACAUAUCAUGUACAGUUUUAUUUUAUAACGUGAGGAGGAAAAACAGUCUUUGGAUUAACCCUCUAUAGACAGAAGAGGUAGUGCUGAAAGAAAAUCCCUAUGAGCUAAACGUCUGUCUCUAAAGGGUUAAAUGUAUUAAUUGGAGAGGGAAAAAAAGGCCUUGAAUUGACAAAUUAACAGAAAAACAAAACAAGUUUAUUCUAUCAUUUGGUUUUAAAAUAUGAGUGCCUUGGAUCUAUUUAAAGCCACGUUGAUGGUUCUUUCUACUUGUAAUAAACUUGUAGCUUAAUUCAGCAUUGGGUGAGGUAAUAAACCUUAGGACCUAACAUAUAAUUAAUUCUAUCUUGUAUUUCUCACAACAAUGGCUACCUAAAAAUAUGACCCAUUAUGUCCUAGUUAAUCAUCAUUUUCCCUUUAGUUUAACCUUGUAAGCAAAACUGAUCAUACCAGUAUAAAAGCUAUUUUGCUCCUGGUGAGAGCUUAAAAGAAAUGGGCUGUUUUGCCCGGAGUUGUUUUUUUGUUUUUUGUUGUUUUUUUUUUAAAUGAUGAUUACAUUGAAUGUGUAACGUGCAAAAGCCCUGGAACGUGAUUAAAUACACGAGUAAGGAAUUCACUUCAUGAAGAUACGUGUUUUAAAUAAUGUCUUUUAAAAAACUGGCACCAAAAGAAAUAGAUCCAGAUCCACUUGGUUGUCAAAGGGACAAUCAGACAAUAAACUUCAAGACCUCAUAUACCAUAUGAAAGAGAAGAGGCUGACAAUAAGGUUUGACAGAGGGUAACAGAGGAAAAGAAAAAAAGUGAUUUAUUAGCACAACGUGGUACUAUUUGCCAUUUUAAACUAGAACAGGUGUAUAAGCUAAUAUUAAUACAAUGAUGAUUAACUAUGAAUUCUUAAGACUUGCGUUGAAAUGUGACAUUCUUAAAAAAGAAGAGAAAGAAUUUUAAGAGUAGCAGUAUAUAUGUCUGUGCUCCCUAAAAGUUGUACUUCAUUUCUUUUCCAUACACUGUGUGCUAUUUGUGUUAACAUGGAAGAGGAUUCAUUGUUUUUAUUUUAUUUUUUUAAUUUUUUCUUUUUUAUUAAGCUAGCAUCUGCCCCAGUUGGUGUUCAAAUAGCACUUGACUCUGCCUGUAAUAUCUGUAUCUUUUCUCUAAUCAGAGAUACAGAGGUUGAGUAUAAAAUAAACCUGCUCAGAUAGGACAAUUAAGUGCACUGUACAAUUUUCCCAGUUUACAGGUCUAUACUUAAGGGAAAAGUUGCAAGAAUGCUGAAAAAAAAAAAAAAAUUGAACACAAUCUCAUUGAUGAGCAUUUUUUUAAAAAACUAAAAAAAAAAAACUUUGCCAGCCAUUUACUUGACUAAUGAGCUUACUUACUUGGACUCAACAUUGCAAGCGCUGUGAAUGGAAAACAGAAUACACUUAACAUAGAAAUGAAUGAUUGCUUUCGCUUCUACAGUGCAAGGAUUUUUUUUGUACAAAACUUUUUUAAAUAUAAAUGUUAAGAAAAAAAUUUUUUAAAAAAACACUUCAUUAUGUUUAGGGGGGGACUGCAUUUUAGGGUUCUAUUGUCUUGGUGGUGUUACAAGACUUGUUAUCCAUUUAAAAAUGGUAGUGGAAAUUCUAUGCCUUGGAUACACACCGCUCUUCAGGUUGUAAAAAAAAAAACAUACAUUGGGGAAAGGUUUAAGAUUAUAUAGUACUUAAAUAUAGGAAAAUGCACACUCAUGUUGAUUCCUAUGCUAAAACACAUUUAUGGUCUUUUUUCUGUAUUUCUAGAAUGGUAUUUGAAUUAAAUGUUCAUCUAGUGUUAGGCACUAUAGUAUUUAUAUUGAAGCUUGUAUUUUUAACUGUUGCUUGUUCUCUUAAAAGGUAUCAAUGUACCUUUUUUGGUAGUGGAAAAAAAAAAAAAAGACAGGCUGCCACAGUAUAUUUUUUUAAUUUGGCAGGAUAAUAUAGUGCAAAUUAUUUGUAUGCUUCAAAAAAAAAAAAGAGAGAAAAAAACAAACAAGUGUGACAUUGUACAGAUGAGAAGCCAUAUAAUGGCGGAUCGGGGGAGCCUGCUAGAAUGUCACACGAUGGCUGUCCUCGGGGUUGUACAUAUCAUUUUCGUCCCCUUUCCUGCUGCCAUACUGUAUGCAGUACUGCAAGCUAAUGACGUU